CUCUUCAUUAUGUGUUAUACUGAGUAUUGUCGUCGCGUAGGUUGUUUGUACUGGAUAUGACGUACGCAACGGAGAGGUAUACUCAACGGACCUCGCUGCUUUAAAGUUACAGUUUCAACUUCAGAGCUUCGACCAUUACCACCAUGUUCUCUUCGUUAUUUUCCACUGCUCCUCCUGCCGAUCCCCAUGCACCCAAUUUCCAUCCAGUCUCCUCCAAGUUCGGCCCUACAGAGCUAUUUGGGGAACUCAAACCCAAGGAUACCGAGCUUCUUUGCACGUCCAGUGGCUUCAUAACCGAAACUCAGGUUUUUUACACUACCACUCCUGAUGGAAAGUCUAUAUGGUGUCAACUCAUCCAUUCGUCUGUUGGUCUUUGGUACCCUACGAUCCAGUUUACAUGUAAAAUCUACGAUCCAGAGACGCAGAAAUCGACAUGGAAGUCCAUCAACGUCUCGAACUUCACUUGUCCUCCGACUGGGUUGGACAGAAGGUCGUGCAAGGCUGACGAAUUCUCAUUCACACACAAGUCCAAACCUGACUCCGACUAUCCCGAAUCAUACAUUAUCCAAGCCAAUCCAGCGCCUGAUUUGCAGAUUUUCCUCGAGGUUACACGCCCGGCCUCUGCUUCCGGGUGGAAGAUUGGCAGCGGAGAUGAUGGAGGAUACUCGAAAUUCGGACCGGACGCCAGUAAUCCGGAAGGAUAUGUUAUCCAUCGAUUCUGGCCGCUUAUGAAGUCUUCUGGGCACAUUGUUGUUAAUGGGAAGGCAACACCUGUAGAGGGUCAAGGGAUGUUCGUGCAUGCUAUCCAAGGCAUGCGUCCGAAUCUCGUUGCCGCUUCCUGGAACUUUGGAAACUUCCAGAGUCCAGAACUUGGCGGGGUGUCUGCAAUCCAAAUGGAGUUUACGACUAUUGGCGCGUAUGGAGUGAAGGGCGCGGGAUCUGGUGGCGUCGCUGUCAACAUUGGGUCCUUGGUUGUAGGUGGAAAGUUGGUGGCUGUCACGGCCGAGACGAAGUAUCCUGGGGAAACGAGUGAUGCAAACGCUCCGGUCAAAUGUCGGGUCACCCAUCUCAAACCCGCAUUAGAUGCUGAUACAGGCUACCAAAAGCCAUGUGAACUCUUGUUCGAAUGGGCUGGGCCUUCUUUAGUCGCAGACAAGCCUGGAACGUACAGCGCUUCUCUAAAUGUCGAUGUAGGCGAUAUACAGCAACCCAAGGGAUUGAUAGAGAAAGUCGACGUGCUUGCAGAAAUUCCUAAAGUAUUGAAGUUGGCAGUCAACUACGUGGCUGGUACGAAGCCAUAUAUCUAUAUGUGGAUCAAUCCUGCGAAGUUGACUAUUACGGAGCCUGAAUCAGACGUACCGGUCGAGGUAAAUGGGCACAUAUACAAUGAGGCUACGUUUAUUUCCUAGUGCUACAUGGCAUUUCUUGCUUGCAUCCAUUGUAUCACCAUCAUCAAUAAGUCUUCAUUAAAUUUCCUUAAUAAUACUAGGUGAAUUUAUCGCGCGUUAGGCGGAGGCUUCGAGUUCUUCUGCUUUGAGUAGGACAAAUCUUGACAUA